AUGUCAUCAUCAGGACCAGCACCAGGCCAAUCUGAAGCAGCUUGGAAGCAGCAGAUCACUUCCAAGCUCUCCAAGGAUGAGCGUCCUCAGACCGAGGAUGUCCUCAACACCAAAGGCAACGAGUUCGAAGACUACUUCCUCAAACGUGAACUUCUUAUGGGCAUCUUUGAAGCCGGCUUCGAGCGUCCCUCUCCAAUUCAAGAAGAGGCCAUCCCUAUCGCACUUACCGGUCGCGAUAUCCUUGCGCGAGCCAAGAACGGAACGGGCAAGACGGCAGCCUACGUCAUCCCGUCCCUCGAGAAGCUCAACACCAAGAAGAACAAGAUCCAGGCUGUCCUCCUCGUGCCAACACGUGAGCUCGCAUUGCAAACGAGUCAAGUCGCGAAGACGCUCGGAAAGCACCUCGGCGUCGAAGUCAUGGUCACCACAGGCGGAACUACGCUUCGCGAUGAUAUCCUCCGUCUCGGCCAGACCGUCCACAUGCUUGUCGGAACCCCUGGUCGUAUCCUCGAUCUUGCCGGCAAGGGAGUCGCCGAUCUCAGCCAAUGUACCACCUUUGUCAUGGACGAAGCCGACAAGCUACUAUCGCCCGAAUUUACGCCCGUCAUGGAACAGCUCCUCAGCUUUCUGCCCAAGGAGAGGCAAGUCAUGCUCUUCUCUGCCACCUUCCCGCUCAUCGUCAAGGACUUCAAGGACCGCAACAUGGUCAAGCCCUACGAGAUCAACCUCAUGGACGAGCUCACACUGCGCGGUGUCACGCAGUACUACGCCUUUGUCGAGGAGCGACAAAAGGUGCACUGUCUCAACACGCUCUUCUCGAAACUGCAGAUCAACCAGUCCAUCAUCUUUUGCAACUCGACCAACCGUGUCGAGCUGCUGGCCAAGAAGAUCACCGAACUCGGCUACAGCUGCUUCUACUCGCACGCAAAGAUGCUCCAAGCGCAUCGAAACCGGGUCUUCCACGACUUCCGCAACGGUGCCUGCCGUAAUCUGGUCUGCUCGGAUCUGCUGACGCGAGGUAUCGACAUCCAGGCUGUCAAUGUGGUCAUCAACUUUGACUUCCCCAAGAACGCCGAGACGUACCUGCAUCGUAUCGGUCGUUCGGGUCGAUUCGGUCACCUGGGUCUUGCUAUCAACCUGAUCACCUACGAGGACCGAUUCAACCUCUACCGCAUCGAGCAGGAGCUGGGUACCGAGAUCCAGCCUAUUCCGAGCAACAUUGACAAGAGGCUGUACGUGGCUCCCUCGCUCAUCCAGGAGGCGGAGAACAAGAACCAAAACGGUAACAGGCAGGAAGGCAGGCCUGUGAUUCCCCCGGGCCAGCAGGCGAUGCAUGCCUCUGCCAUCCCGCAGAACCAGAACUUUAGCAACACGGUGCCACACAGACAUCGUGGUGGCGGACGAGGCGGUGGCGGUGGCGGGCGCGGUGGACGAGGCGGUCACAACGGUGGUGCGCCGGCGCAAUAG